UUUUAAUUGUCAAGUUGACAAGUUUAAACACUAAAAUAGCAGGUGAUUCUAAGUUUUUGUUGUUAUUUGUGAAAGUGUGGGUUCUUACAUGAAUUCUCAUUAAUGCAUUCGGUAAUUGUAAAUUCACAUAUCAUUUAACUGUGCAAAUUUUAAGGGUGUAGUGCCAGUACCACUAAAACGGAUUAUAUCUCCAUGAAAUGGAGUUCCAAAAAUUAACUGUUUUAUUCAUUUUGGCCUUAUGUUUAACCAGUUGCGAAUUAUACAGGGAAUCUAACAUACAGGAACAGUGUCCACAGCUGUAUGAAAAGACUUUCACAGGCUGUAUACCCAGAGGAAAUAUCAGUGCAGGAAUCUUUGAAGAGGUUGAAGGUCCAAACAAAUUAAAAACUUGCGUUUUGGAAUGCUGUAUAAAAGAUACCUGUAAUGUAGCUUUUAUGCAUAAUGAUAAGUGUUACCAUAUUACUUGCAAGAAUGACGAGGUUUGUUUACCAACAACCACUACAAAUUUGAACAAGUCUGAUCGACUUUUCUUAGUUUUGGUAAAACCUGUAGAUGAUCAGUCGUGGGAAGAGGUUUUACGACAACAAGAUUUCUCGAGGAAUCAAGAAGACAAGGAAAUCUUUAAUAUUUUAAAUGACAGAAAAAGAUUCGAGGACGUUUUCAGAGAUCUGCUGAAAGAAGAAUCUUACGAACGAGGAAUGUAUUGUGAAAUGGGCGAAAAUAUGUGCAUGGUCAAUGAAGAAUGUGUACCAGCUCAUGCCAAAACUAACUCAGGUACCUGCCAGUGUCUCGAAGGCUUCUUCCGAGGUCCCAAGGGCGACUGUCUCAUGUUACCAGAAGAUGCAUCCAUUCGGGGCCGUCCUACUCUUUUGACUGACCGUAUUCUGGAAGUAGAAGCUACUACCAAUAAGUCUUUGCCGGUUACACGAAAAGUACUUAUAGUUCAAGCAGCGUCGAAAGAAGUUAGGCUGCCCGUCAAUGAAGUAACUUUAGAUGCGGCAGUUGUAUCGGAUAAAGACGACAAGUACCAAUACGAAUGGACAUCAUUGCAACAGCCAGACGGUAGUACGGCUGUUAAGCACCAGAACGAAGGUCAACUACAUUUAGAGAAGUUGAUUGAAGGCGUUUACUCUUUUAAAGUUGCAGCUUCAACUCCAUCUGCGUAUGGUGAAACUUUCGUGAACGUAACAGUGUUACCAGCCAAGAGGAUCAAUCAGCCCCCUAUUAUUGUGAUAACCCCUGCCAACCAAACUAUCAAACAACCAAACUCGGCUGCCGUUUUAGAUGCUUCAUCUUCAAGAGACGACGAUGGUAUUGCUUCUUGGCACUGGGAAUUGCAGCAAGGACCACUAGGAUAUGAACCACAGUUGAAAGACGCUCCUACUCUUCAAUUAAAUGACCUAACCAAACCAGGAAAUUACACAUUCAAGCUAACAGUGAUAGACACAGAUAAAGCGAGUAGCAGUCAAACAGCUAACAUUACUGUAUUAGCGGGUACCGACUACCCUCCAGAAGCAAAUGCAGGUGAAAACAAAAUAAUUUACCUGCCUCACAACUCUAUAACACUAAACGGCAGCUUGAGCUUAGACGAUCACGCAAUAACUACGUGGGAAUGGACAAAAUCAGCUGAUGACGCUCAAAAAGCUGUCGAUAUGCAAGACACGAGAACGCCUAUUUUAAAACUGUCGAAUCUAGAAGAGGGUAUUUAUACUUUUAUCCUUAAAGUAACAGACAGUGCAGGACAAUCUAGUACGGCGCAGGUACAUGUUUUCGUCAAACCGCCUACAAACAAACCCCCAACGGCAAAUGCAGGUGAGAACAUCACAAUCAGUUUACCACAAACUUGGACUCUUCUAGACGCCUCCAAUAGUACAGACGAUAAUAAAAUAAUGGGGUUCAAAUGGGAAUUGCUGGAAGGACCGUCUUCAGUUACAUUUGAAAACGCCAAUUCCAGCAAAACCAACGUUACAGGACUUACGAAGGGGACGUACACGUUUAAAGUUAGUGUAACGGAUGAUAACAAGAAUGUUGCUAGCGAUAAGGUGUACGUCAUCGUUAAUCAAAAUAAGAAUCAAAAACCAACCGCUGACGCUGGAAAAGACUUCGAGGUCGAGCUUCCCAAAAACAUUAUCAUGUUGAACGGUUCAAAUUCAAAGGAUGAUUGGGCCAUCGUCAGAUGGAAAUGGGACAGGAACGCGAAUUCUCUAGCUAUUGGCAACAUUGCCGAAAAAACGGACGAAUCUCCCGUUCUAAUUUUGACAGAUCUCGCAGUAGGAAAAUACAUCUUUAAUUUGACUGUGUACGAUGAGCAAGGCCUGUCCGAUACAGAUUCUGUGUCGGUGGUCGUUAAGAAUGAUCCAAAAGUGUUUUAUUUGGUGGAAUUAACGGUGGAUUUAGAUGCGCAGACGUUAACGCAAGCGCAGUAUGAUUCGCUGAUAGGUAAAUUGGCUUUGCUUGUCAAAAAUGGAUCAAAGUUACAGGUUAGAAGUGUCCGUCCUUCCAAGAUAACAGGAAACGCCCUUAUUACCUUUUACGUAGAUGACUCCACCGGAAAACCAACCCCCGCAAACGAUGUGGUUCAUUAUCUCCGUCAAAAGCUACGCGUCGACGCCAGUCUUUUGGGUUUUUCCGUCGAAAAACUUCAAACCAGCAUAUGCCAGAACAACUGCUCCGGACACGGCGUUUGCGACGAGUUGACGAGGAAAUGCAAAUGCGAAGCUUUCUGGAUGCAAGACAUGUUUAAAGUUUAUCUCAAGUUCGAAGGAGAUUCUUUCUGUAUAAAAAGGAACCGUAAUGGCAAACCUACAACGUAUAAACUUAUCGAAGACACGGAGGAUGUACCACCAUAUACAUCGAAAAAAGCCAACUUCUCGGACAGCGAUACCGAUUCUGACGUAGUCUUCGAGUCCCGAUCGAAGCCUCCACGAUUUUCGGACACGAGAAACGGCCACAAGCCGAGCAGAAACGGGUUUCCGAAAGGGGGACGCAGGAUAAAAACUUAGUAUAAGUAUUUAUUAGACGGUAUACGCCAAGUCGAUAACGAUUUUCACUUUCCUAUUUAGUAAUGUGAUUUUUAUUUAUUGUGAUUAUAUUUUAAACAUACUUUUUACGUUGAUCUAUACUGAAUUAUUGUUAUUUUAGAUUUUUACGAAAAGGUAAACUUUUAGCCUAAAUGUUUACGUACGUAAGUAAAUUGGACGUUCUGGUUCAUUAGUAAAGUUCCAUAACUCAGUAGUAAGUACAAUUUAUGAUUAACAAUAUUUCUUUCAAAAAUAUUUUCCAGUUUGUAUAGUACUGUAAGUUGGAUGUCUAUCAGCCAAGAGACCAAGCAGGUUUUAGAGCAGGAUAUGACACGAAUGACUAUAACAAGCCAUUAGUCCUGAUAUUUGUUGACUACAAAAAAGCUUUCGACACAAUGAGUCAUUAAAAAAUGUUAAAAGCCUUAACAGAGUGCCGUAUAGAUCAUCGCUAUAUAAACAUGAUCAAAUACAUCUAUCAAAAUCCGACAGCAAUCGUGAAACUGGUAGAUAGAAAGACCAAAGCAUUUAAAAUAUGGAAAUGAAAGUAAUAAGAUCAAUAACGGGUAUAUUAUUAAGAGACAGACAAAGCAACAGAAGUAUACGCGAACAAUACCAAAUUGAAAAUGUUAACAGGUGGAUAAAAACAAGAAAAAGAAACUGGAACGAACAAGUAAACCGAAUGGGACCAGAUAGAUUAACGAAUAUCUGUAAAAACAACAAGCCGUAUAGCAGAAGACCUGUUGGAAGGCCGCCGAAAAGGUGGAAAGAUAAUGUACAGUUAACAACAACUGAAACAGAAUAAGAGGCAGACAAACAGGACUAAUCCUAAUCGCACGAAGAAGAAGAAGCAUUUAAAAUAAAUGCUUCUAAAAUAAAACGGGGAGUGCGACAGGGAGACACAAUUUCACCAAAAUUGUUUACAACAUUGUUUACAACAAGGCCGCAGUCAUGUUCGGAUGUUUGAGAGAUGUGGUCUGGAAUAACCCAUAUAUGAGAAUUGACAACAAAGUUAGAAUUUAUAAAACUUGCAUCAGACCUGUUAUGACUUAUGGUAUUGAAUCAAGAGAGAAGACACCAAUAAAACUAAAAGCAUGCUACGAACAGCCGAAAUGAAGACACUAAGAGCAAUAGCAGGAAGACAAGAAAGUAUAGAAUGCGAAACAAUAUCAUCAGGGAACAAUGUGGCGUGCAAGAUGUAGUCAGAUGGUGUAGGCAAAGACGAAGAGAAUGGUUCAGUCAUGUAAAAAGAAUGGAGGAGCACAGACUACCAAGAAUCGCGGUAGAAGGAAAACCAGCUAGCAAGCGUCCACCGGGGAGACCACCAAAAAGAUGGAGAGAUAGCUGGCCGUCUACCUAUCAAGAAAUACUUCAACGUCGGGAUUAACAGAUCGACAGAUCUACAACAAGUAUUACAAGUAAGUGCUUACAACAUUAAUAGAGCAUUUGCAAGAACGCAAAUCUGAAUGAAAAAGGAAUGAAUGUCAACGGAGAAAUACUUAGUCGCUUGAGGUUCGUUGACGAUAUUGUUCUUUUUGCUGACAGCAUCGAUGAUGCAGUAUCGCAACUGGAGAAACUAUACCUAGCCUCCCUACAAGUUAUACUAAAAAUCAAUCUUACAAAAACACAAAUCAUGACAAAUCUUGUGUUGAGCGAAAAUAUUUCAGUAAAUGUCCCCUAAAUGUCCCAGGAAAGUCCUGUCAGCAUUUUAAACAUUCCUUGAAUGUUUUGUUGGAACAUUCCAUGAAUGUCUACGAAUGUUCUUUGGACAUUCACAGUAUAUUUUUUAUACAUUUCCUGGAUAUAGUCGCUGAUGUGACAUAAUACCUCCGAUUUGUUUUUUCAUGAGUUUUUUAAGAGAGACUAAAAACUUUUUUUACAGUCACCUCCUAUUUUCAUAUGAUAUUUUUUGACAUGUUUUGUAUUAAAUUUAACUAUCUAUUUACUACAAAACAUGUCAAAAUAACAUGUGAAAACAGGAGAUGACCCUAAAAAUGGUUUUUCGUCUCUUACAAAAUUCAUGAAAAAGCAGAUAGGAGGUAUUGUCACAUCACCGACGAUAUACUAGAAGUAUAUGUGGCCAUACCAAAUAAUACAUCCUUGAUAAAUAUAAACAUUUUUAUUGCACAAAAUCUUGUCAUAUAUUUUUUUUCAUAAUCACUACGAUGAUGAUUCAUUGUAUUGAAUUGUACAUUACAAUUACAAUCUGGUCAUAACUGCGUACAUAACAAGUCAUAAGAGUUUACCCCAUAGCGUCUCUUAUCUAAUCUAACAAGAUCUUGCACUAUUCUAACAUACACAGGCACACAAGCACUAUGCUCUGCUUUUCACUAUCACUUAUCACUCAAACUAGUUCAAAAGGCUUUGUCCUCUUCAAUCUUCUAGUUUGCCCAGUAGUAUCGAGGAGCUGGAUUUCCUCAAUAUUCUUGUAGGUACUUAUGAAUUUGUUGCUCGUGACUUCCAAUUUUACUCCAACUUUAAAAACAAAUCCAGCUGUAAAAUAUUUAUGUGCCUGAAGGCUUUUGUAUGCUUUCAUCUGCUGCUUAGAGUAGUAACUAUGAGACUCCACCAGAUAUGUAUAAAUAUCUAUAAUAGUAAUUUGGUGGAAUGCACUUUACUGUAAAAUCCAAUUCUGACUGAAUUGUAUAUGGAUCUAAAUCCCCAAUUAUUUUCAGCUUCAAUAAAUAUCUAAAACAAUAAAAGAAAUAAUGUUAUUGCUUGCAAAAUUCAUCAAUAUUGAUAAGUAUCAGGGAAAAUGAACAGUAAAGUAAAUAAAAAUUGUUUCCCCUACCUUUCUCCAACAUCUGGAGUUUCCAAUAAUAAUUUCCUUAAAUAAUCACUUUGCAUUGUGGUAAAGUUUAUAAAGUUCACAAAAUACAGCAAACGAAAUCCAAAUGAAUCCAAAAUAGGCAAAAUACGACGAUAAACAAUGAAAAAUAGAUAUUACAAACAUAACCUCUGUAACUUUUUGUAUGCCAACCAGAAGUCACGUGGUUUGGAUUGCCUAAUGCGAAUACAUUGAUACACGCGCGGCAAAUUUGAAAAUGAACGCAAAUUGAAUAGUAAAUGGCCUCUCUUAAAAUAUAGGACAUUGGUAGUAUGUUCAUAGAAUGUCUUGUGGUAAUAUUCCACCAAUAAUUUAAUCAGAUGUUCACCGAAUGUUCCUUGAAUGUCCACGACAUUCAAACAUUAAUAGAACUUUGAUAGUACAUUCCUGGAAUGUUUUGUGUUAGGGUGAAGUCAGAACUGCUUAUUUGUUUCAAAAGAAAAGUCUUUGAUCAGUGCGUGUUGCCAGUACUUACAUAUGGUGCAAAAUCUUUAACAAUAACCAAGAAAGUAAGAAAAAAAAUUGUGUUACCCAAAGAGCCAUGGAACGCUUGAUGUUAGGCAUUUUUUGUUCCCUUCAUACAUAUAAAUCAAAAAUGAAUAACCAUUUUCAAUUUCGUAACUGCACGCCGGGGUUUGUCCUGGUUGGGUUAUAGAGAGCAGCAUAUGUGCCUCCUGAUGAGAGACUAGUAAGUUUCGAAACCGGUAGAAGUGUUUGCUGCACUCUCUGAUUGAACUAGAAUAUGAUGCGGAUGUACUUUCGUGUUGCAAUGAAAUUGAAAAUGGUUAUUCAUUUUUGAAAUAAAACAAUUUGAAAACAAUAAUUUGACAUUAUAUGUAACCUCCAAUGUUAUGACAGACGACAGUUGCCAUUUACCAUCUCACUGAAUAUAAUAAUGACGUCAUAUAUACUCGUCACUACUUCUAGCUAAUGUAAUGCUCGCUGUAAAAUGCCAUGGCAAGAUCAUCUGAUUAUUCCCUAUAUAUUUGUAAAAAUAAAACUAUGUUUAUUUUCAAUAAAACCACAUUUAGGUAUUUUAAGUUAUUUAUAGUUUUAGGUGGCAUGACUGUGUAAUUUUAGUUUCAAUGACAUUUGUAAAUUAUUUGAUAGUUGUCAAAAACUCAUAGCGUAAGAAAUAGCAUUGUUCUUGAUUCUCUUUUUAGGUUUGUAUUUUUAAGUUAUUUUAGUUAUUUUAUAUUAAUGUUUAUAAUCUUUAUUGUACAUAUUGUAAAUAAACUCUUUUUAGAUGAA